GCUCAGAUCAAGUAUGAUAGGGCCAGGGCCAACGCUGUGCAGGCUAUGGCUCAUAUGGCCGAGUGUCAGAACAACCUCAACCGUCUCAAGAAGGAAGUCGAGGCCGCCGCCGCCAAGGCGGCCGAGGCGUACAGCGCCAUGGCGGCUCAGGGGCAGCCGCUUUGGGCCGCUGCGGCGCUUCAGCAGAUGCAGGGGCUCUUGGGCGCGCUUCGCCAGGCGGCGCCCGAGGAGGCAGGCCAGCUCGAGCAGCUCGUCGCCUCCGCCACACAGCGCGUCGGCCCCCUGCAGCAGGCCGCCGCCGAGCCCGCCGCGGGCGCCGCGGGCGCGGGCGGAGCUCCCGACUGGGAGGCCAUCGCCGACCCAGACGGGGCCUGCUACAAGGAGUUCGUGGCGGCAUCCGACAUGGCUGUCGACGGCGAGGACGAG